UAACUCUACUAAACUUUGUCUUGUCACGGACAUUGUUCACCAAUAGCUUCCUCCCCAAUUCCUUCCGUUUUCCGAGUUGGAAAGCAAGGCAGGGGCCAUAAAGGAGAAAGGACGAAGACGACACGAUGAUAGUAUUCGUUUCCUUCCUCUAAUUGACAAACUCAAACCUAAUUGAUUUCUAUUUCUGCUUCGCAAUCUACACAGUUUACAGUCUAGCAAACCUAUAACUCCACACCAUAUUCCUUCCUAUUGCUUUGACAUAUCAUAUCAUACUAUUUAUUGCGCCUCAAUUCUCCUUGUCUCACAUCCGUGUAACAUUUUGCUUUCCCCCGCACCAAUACCGCAGAAUAAAGCUCAGCAGGGUAGCUAAGUAGCACCAAACCCAGACUCACUCGCCGUCUAUCAACGCAACAUCUUCUCGUUUACGACAACAGCUAAGAAACCGCAGAAUAUUUUGCUGCCAUGUCAUCUCCAAGCAGCAGUCGGCGCACGAGCCGUACCUACGACACCGGCUUUCCGGAUGCAUUUGCCGAUUAUACCACUUCUCUACGCCACCCUGAGGCAAAUGUUAGUCCGGGAGCUUGUAUUUCAGCGGAAGAUAUCGACCCCUCGAAAACGUUACAAAGAACUCGAAGAUCAUUCUUGGCGAAGCACAAGCACACAAUAAGCCACGGAAUGAUUGCCCAAGAUGCCAGUCAACACCAUUCGAAUAACUCCGCAUUGGCUUUGCCCACGGUUGAUAGUGCCGUCGACGUGGGCGACCUAAAACCUACAGAUUCGAACGGUAGCGUUGGACGAUCUUCUAAAGAUGGAACCGAGAGUAUCGAGGUAUCUUCUAUCAAUGGGGAUUCUCCCAGCGCACAAAACGAGGAUGAUCUCACUGACAAUGGCCGGCAAAGAAUCAACCUCUUCCGCAAGUGGCGCAGUCAGAAGGACUGAGAGAGUUGGGAAGAACCGUCGACGAUAGAUUGCGACAAUUACUAAGCCGUGGAUGAAGGUAUUCUCUUGCCUAUCCACAUAGAAGAAACAUGGCUGGGCAUUGGGGUGAUGGUGUCUUGUGCUUUACUAAAUCCGGAAAUUCAUUAUCCGGUGCCUGAUUUACAGAAUGGUUUCUUUUGUACAGCGUGGAGUAUGGUCAUCAUGGAAUUACGGCAGCAUGGUCUAAGAGAAGGUUAUGUAGAAAAAAAAAAUUGGGUUUAGGGAACUAUGGUCUUGACGUCGCCGUCGCCAGAGAGGUUGUGGUGAGAAGGGAAUACUGCAACGAGAUCAGUUGAGCUCUACUCGCUACAUUGGAAAGGUUUAUCGAGAAUUAUCAUAAUACAUAUUUAAUUCUUUGGAUUUUUAAUUUUCUUAAUGCUCCUUCUUGCCCUGCCCCCUCAUUGACUCGUCGGGGGGACUUCAUGCCCUCUAUUUAACUAAUGUAUUGUAAUAAUUCUCACC